UAAUGGUAGGAUGACUUUAGCUGGUCUAUAGUAUACAGUCUUGUAAUGGUAGUAUGACUUCAGCUGGUCUACAGUAUACAGUCUGUAAUGGUAGGAGGACUUCAGCUGGUCUAUUUGAUCAUAUCUAAACAAAGCGUUCUGCUGUGAUCUACCCUGAAGGAGCAGAGCCAAGACUUGCCUUAUUCAUUCUUUAAUAAAUGGUUAAACAUAUUUGUACGAGGUGUUUCCUUUCUGAAGUAGUGAUUAUGUAGAAAACAUUUACUUGAGAAACAAACAUUCUUAGCCAGAGGUAGAGCUAGUUGCAAGAACGCUCGGGUCUCAAAGAGUUAAGUUGAAUAACAGGAUGUUAGUGUUGGACCUUGUCAUAUAAGGGCGAUGCUUUUUCUUCACGAGACACAACCCACAGUGAGACAUUCACAUGCAAACCAGGAGUCCGACCACAAUGGAGAUUGGUGACAUGAUUGAGAUAAACAGAGUUCAAUACAAACACUGGGCUCUGUACAUUGGACAUGGAAAGGUCAUCCAGUUGGUAACUCCAGAUGGACCUUCAAAAGUAGCUUUCUGCAGUUUUAGCUCAUCCAGCGGCAGUGUUGCCUGUAAAGGCACGAUUACAAUAGAGACAUUACAGGAUGUGACAGCAGGGAAUACUUACAAAAUCAACAACUACCUGGAUGACGAGUACAAACCAAGGAGGACUGACGUCAUUAUGGGGGAUGUGGACAAAAUGAGAGGCAGCACAAUAAAAUAUAACCUCCUUGGAAACAACUGCGAGCAUUUUGUUACUUUCCUCCGUUAUGGCAAAUCAAAGUCCAAACAGGCAGAUGACUUCCUGAAUAAUGUGUUAGCUGGUACUGCAGGUGUGCUUGGUGUACUGACUGCUGUUGCUGCUUCUACAGCUAAUGCAGCAAACACACUUAGUAAAUAAUUUCUUGGGUCAUUCAUGAGUCCAUGGAGAAUGUCAGUAAUGCAGAAUGUUGUGUAUUGUCUAAUGAAUAAAGGACCAUCUCAAAGACCAA